AGGACUCAUAGCAGCAGCGACUUGAACUUUGACAACAAACCUAUAUCACUGUCCGCACCUCUUCCUAGGACCGAGCUCGCGGCCUAGAGUCACCCAGCGUCUUCAAAAUAAGCUGACCAACAGCUUUCUAUCCCCAGAUAACCAAGCCAUCGCAAACGAAUACACAAAGUUCGACCCCUCCACCCCACAUUACUCUUCUGCAGCCUCCUCCAACUACGAGAAGCGCCUUGCAAUCUGAGUGCACCACAGUAAAUCUCGCAAUGGCCCAAGGCGCAACAGUCCAGGCGCCGGGCCUGUCCACGUUCCUCAAGUCGCUAAAGACUACACCAGUAGAUCCCUCAGUAGAGCACCUCAUAUCACUGCUCAAGCGACGACAAAUCCGAAAUUCAAGACCAUGCGCGCUCGCGACGACGGCACUACUCUUGCGCGUGGUGGGAGAAUUCAAGGGACGCGAUGCUGCAAAGCUAGUGGAGCGCAUAAGACAAGUGGGCAGGCGCUUGACUUCAGCUCAGCCAAGAGAGGUCGUAGUAGGAAACAUUGUGCGACGUGUUCUAGGACUUGUGCGAGAGGUUGUCGACGAGAACGCAGAUGGGCAAACCCCAACAGGAAGCGAGCCUGGUCAUGCUACACCACACGCACAUCACGACUCACUGCAUAGACCCUCACUCAACUCAAGUAUAUCAACCUUUAGCCCACUCAAGCAUGCCGUGGCCGAGCCCAUGCACACGAGCAUCUACGCGGACAACAUGUCCGAUUCCAGCGAACUUUCGAGACGACCUCCGUUACUUACCUCUCAUACCUCGUACGCUCCCACUUCUACCGCUCCUCUUGUGAACUCGCUAUUCGGACUCUUCUCGCAGCCCGCCGAGACACCCUCGAACACAAGCACUCCGACAGGGCAAACUUCGCCGAAUGGCAAAAGCACCCUCACUGCACUUAAUCUAGAGCGUCUUGCGGAUCUGAGCAGAGGCCAGCCGACUCUCGAUCUCAAGGGCGAAGUCAUGGAAGGCAUACGGGAGCUACAGGACGAGCUAGAGACUUCAGACAAGCAGAUUGCCGAGGUUGCCCUCGAGCAUAUUCACGCCAACGAGAUCAUCCUCACUCACACGGCAUCCACGACAGUUCAGAAGUUUCUCCUCUUUGCUGCACGGAAACGGAAGUUUACAGUAGUUCACGCCGAGACAUAUCCACACGAUCACACCGCCACUCAUGGUAUUCUCCUUACCGGGAAGAAGCGAGAGUCGAAUCCAGACGAUGAUGAGGACAGCGAUAGAUGGAAGCCGCUCACCGAAGCCGGUAUCCAGGUGUAUGUCAUUCCCGACUCGCAUAUCUUUGCCAUCAUGUCUCGUGUGAACAAGGUUAUUCUAGCUACGCAUACCGUAUUAGCAAACGGAAGCCUCGUCGCAGCAGCCGGAGCGCAUAUGAUCGCCAAAGCCGCCAAGGAACACAAGACGCCUGUCGUCGUCCUUAGCGGUGUCUACAAACUGAGCCCAGUUUAUCCGUUCGAUAUCGAUGAGCUCAUCGAGCAUGGGGAUGCUGGAAGUGUAGUUCCUUACGAGGAUGGUGAGUUCGUGGACAAGGUCGAUGUUGAGAAUCCGCUGUACGACUACGUUCCUGCAGACCUCGUGGAUCUCUACAUCACCAAUCUUGGUGGACAUGCCCCCUCGUAUCUUUACCGCAUCGUAGCAGAUCACUACCGCUCGGAGGAUAUUACUCUGUAGUUGGAAUUUUGUUGAAGGCCUUGACACGACUAUACGAAGACAGAAGAACAAUGGAGAUGAUACUUGACCAUAAUGUGCACUUAUUGGUGUAAUGACAAUCGUGAAGCCUACAUAUAGAGCUUCACGUAAGCAAUGAAAUGGAAAGCUACAUUUAACAUGGCUAAUCACCUUGAAAUGAAGAGAAAAAAUUAUGGUGAGCGAAUAGGAG